CUCUCUCUCUCUCUAGCCUCUGCUUUCCUUUCCAAUUCUCAUAGGCCAUAGCCACUUCUCUUUGCCGCCUCCAUACGCGGAAGAGAGAGAAACAGCGGGGUUUGAGGGAAGAAGAGGAGUCCAUGGCAUGGGAAAGGGGUGGCUCGAGCAAUAUGAACCAUGGCCGGAUUUAUGAGGAGGAGAGAGCAAUGGGAGAUUGGCAGGGGAUUCUCGAUGGGGUUUUGUAUAUGAAGGUGAUGACGGACGAGCAGAUCGAAGUUCUCCGGCGGCAAAUCUCCAUUUACGCCACUAUUUGCGAACAGCUCGUGGUGAUGCAUAGAACCUUUACUUCGCAGCAGGAAGCCCUAGCAGGAAUGAAGUUUGGAACUAUGUUAUACAACCCUUUAGUGUCAGCAGAAGUCCCAAAGGUUGCUGCAAGGCAACGGUGGAUCCCAACGUCCAUGCAACUGCAGAUUCUCGAGGACAUUUUCAGGCAAGGCUAUGGAACUCCCAGCAAGCAGAAAAUAGCUGAGAUCACUUCUGAGCUCGCAAAGCAUGGCCAUGUCACUGAUGUUAAAGUAUAUAACUGGUUCCAGAACAAAAGAGCUCGAUCCAAAAAAAAGCAAGCUGAAAGUGAGGCAGAGAUUGAAUCUUCUGGCAGGAAGAAAACCAAGGUAGAGGAAACCCAUGAGAGCGAGGAUGAUGCCUCGGGGCUACAAUAUCAAAUGACCACCCCUAGGGGUGAACUGUUCAACUACCGAAAUUUGGCGUGCGAUUUGAAGUUUGAAUGGAGCAAAUGA